CUCUGCCUGUGGCUGUGCGUGGCGCUCCUGCCGCGGGCGGCGCGGGGCCUGACGGAGGGGCUCUACUGCGGGCGGAGCGUCUGCUACGAGGUGCUGGGCGUCAGCCGGCAGGCCAGCAAGGCGGAGAUCGCCCGCGCCUACCGGCAGCUGGCCCGCAAGUACCACCCCGACCGUUACCGUGGGGAGCCGGCCGCGCCGGGCGGCGGUGGCCCGCAAGCGGCGCACGAGAAGUUCCUCCUCAUCGCCACCGCCUACGAGACCCUCAAGGUGAGAGAGCGGGACCGCCGCCGCGGCCGGAGCCGCUCCGGUAAGAGACAGCGCGGGUGGCCGGCGGAGGGGGCCGCCCCGGGGCGGGGGGG